CUAUAAGCUCCCUGCAGCUCCCCUCAUCAGCUCAUACCUUACCUUAACUCUUGAGCUACUUUCUCCCCUCUCUUCCUCUUUUCUUUUCCAACCUCUCUCACAGUCCAUCCUCUACUGACACCUCUGAAUCUUCUCUUCGUAGCAUCUGUUCGUCAAUUGGCAUAAAACUAACCAUAUUACCUUCUCUCAUCUUUACCUCGACUCGUUUCAUCCCUGUCAUUCUUCUCCUCAAAUCUUCUUUGCCCACUCCACCAAGCUCCCCUGUUCCCCAAGCUCCCGCCUUCUCCGGAUCCCCAUCAACUAAGCAGACAGCCGCUCUAUACGACUGAACACGCACAAGUUCUCAGUCCACAACAAACUCUAUAGAGGGAUUCAACAGCUCAGAUUCGACAUAACCUCCGUUCGCAUAUAUUUUUACCUUGCCUACCUGGAUCAGAUCCCUGCACUUAUUGGGAUUCUGAGCCGCUACGAUAAAAGCAGGGCACGCAAGAAACUACUGCAGCUUUACCUUGCACCUUCAACCCCGCUCCCCACCCAAAGCUGUGGCACACCUCGCGUCGUUAGCCAGUCGUGUUAUCUAACGUCGAGAACUCGUUAAGUGGCAUCAGUAAACCUUGUUGUUGAUGUAGGUGAUCUGAUCUGAUUCUCGCUUCACAAAAGGACAAGGGGUCUAUCAAUAGUGGUUGAGUAUUUAACUGUUAUGCCCCAGCACCGAAAGGCCUUAUCUCUCUUCUCUCGUCCCUCAAUUUCCUUCCCAGCUCUCACCACUCGACUAACUAGCCUGUGGAUAGAAGCGAUGGCGUCUGAACAGCAACGUUUGCCCACCCGUGAGAGGCGCCCCUCCACCUCCGCCCCGAUUGUAGACAUUCAGGGUGCAGUCGGCCCCGCAGGCAUCUCCCGCCCAAAACACACCCGAACUGCCACUGGUUUCGGUCCCAGUGAGAUCAAGAGCUUUGAAGCCUCGAUUCCCGAACCUCAGCGUGAAGCAUGGAAGCGCAACCAGUCUAGUGGCUUUACUGGCAAAGACGGCUUCGAGAAAGAGGUUGUCCGCCACGUCGAGACCACUCUUGCCCGCUCUGUCUUCAACUGCGAUGAACAUGCUGCCUACUCUGCUACCAGUCUGGCUUUCCGUGAUCGCCUGAUCCUUGAUUGGAACAGAACUCAACAGAGACAGACUUAUCGCGACUCCAAGCGCGUGUACUACUUCAGUCUCGAGUUCUUGAUGGGCCGUGCUCUUGACAAUGCUAUGCUCAACGUGGGUCAGAAGGAUACUGCAAAGGCCGGUCUUGCUGAGCUUGGCUUCCGAAUCGAGGACAUCAUCACACAAGAGAAUGAUGCUGCGCUGGGUAACGGCGGUCUUGGCCGACUCGCAGCCUGUUUCCUCGACAGUCUGGCCUCCCUCAACUACCCCGCUUGGGGUUACGGUCUCCGAUAUCGAUAUGGCAUUUUCAAGCAGGAAAUUGUCGACGGAUACCAAGUCGAGGUGCCUGAUUACUGGCUUGACUUCAACCCCUGGGAGUUCCCACGACACGACGUGACUGUUGAUAUUCAAUUCUUUGGAAAUGUUAGAAAGACCACUGAUGAGAAUGGCAAGUCCGUUGCUCUUUGGGAGGGUGGUGAGAUCGUUCAGGCCGUUGCCUACGAUGUUCCCAUCCCCGGCUACGACACACCCACAACAAACAAUUUGAGACUGUGGUCCAGCAAAGCUUCUGGAGGAGAGUUUGACUUCCAGAAGUUCAACAAUGGUGAUUACGAGAGUUCAGUUGCCGAUCAACAACGAGCUGAGACCAUCAGCGCUGUUUUGUACCCCAACGACAAUUUGGAGCGUGGAAAAGAACUUCGGCUGAAGCAGCAGUACUUUUGGGUUGCUGCCUCGUUGUACGAUAUCGUUCGCCGUUUCAAAAAGUCUAACCGCCCUUGGAAGGAGUUUCCCGAUCAGGUGGCUAUCCAGCUCAACGAUACCCACCCUACAUUGGCCAUCGUGGAGUUGCAGCGAAUUCUCAUUGACAUUGAGCACCUUGAAUGGGACCUGGCAUGGGAAAUUGUCGUGAACACCUUUGGCUACACCAAUCAUACUGUGCUGCCCGAAGCCCUGGAGAAAUGGCCUGUUGGUCUGAUCCAGCACCUUCUACCUCGACACUUGCAGAUUAUUUACGAUAUCAAUCUGUUCUUCCUCCAGAAGGUCGAGAAGGCAUUCCCCAAUGAUCGAGAUAUCUUGAGAAGAGUGUCCAUCAUCGAGGAAUCUCAAACAAAGAUGGUACGCAUGGCGUACCUGGCUAUUGUUGGAUCACACAAAGUCAACGGUGUUGCUGAAUUGCACUCGGAUCUCAUCAAAACCACUAUCUUCAAGGAUUUUGUCGAGAUCUACGGCCCUGACAAGUUUACCAACGUGACCAACGGCAUCACCCCUCGCCGCUGGCUCCACCAGGCCAACCCUCGCCUUUCGGAGCUCAUUGCUUCUAAGGUUGGGGGUAAUGGCUUCCUCAAAGACCUCACCACUCUAAAUCAGCUCGAGAAGUAUGCUGAUGACAAGGAAUUCCGUAAGGAAUGGUCCGAGAUCAAGUAUGCCAACAAAGUCCGACUCGCUAAGCUCAUUAAGUCGGCCGUGGGUGUCACUGUGAACCCUGCGGCAUUGUUUGAUGUUCAAGUCAAGAGAAUCCACGAGUACAAGCGACAGCAGCUCAAUAUCUUCGGCGUCAUUCAUAGAUAUCUCCACCUCAAGUCACUGUCCCCUGAGGAGCGUAAGAAGGUCGUUCCACGUGUCUCCAUCUUUGGAGGCAAGGCCGCCCCCGGCUACUGGAUGGCGAAGCAGAUUAUUCAUCUGGUCAACGCUGUUGGCUCUGUGGUGAAUAAUGACGAGGACAUUGGAGAUCUCCUCAAGGUUAUCUUCUUGCCUGACUACAACGUCAGCAAAGCUGAGAUUAUCACCCCUGCAUCGGACCUUAGCGAGCACAUUUCUACUGCAGGCACCGAGGCAUCUGGUACCAGCAACAUGAAAUUUGUUCUGAAUGGUGGUCUCAUCAUCGGCACUUGCGAUGGUGCCAAUAUCGAAAUUACUCGCGAGAUUGGCGAGAACAACAUCUUCUUGUUUGGCAAUCUCGCUGAAGAUGUCGAAGAUCUCCGACACAGUCACCAGUACGGCUCUCAUGAGAUUGACCCUGACUUGCAGAAAGUGUUUACCGAGAUUGAGAAGGGCACCUUUGGCUCGGUCCAUGACUUUAGCGCCCUGGUCGCCGCUGUCCGUGAUCACGGUGACUACUACUUGGUGUCUGACGACUUUCACAGCUACAACGAGACUCACAAGCUGGUGGAUGAGGCGUAUCAGAACCAGGAGGAAUGGAUCAAGAAGUCAAUUACCUCUGUUUCUCGCAUGGGAUUUUUCAGCAGCGACCGCUGCAUUGACGAGUAUGCUGAGAGCAUCUGGAACGCAGAGCCUCUUGUCGUCCAUGAUUAGAUCGCGCAGAACUAGUUUAUCAUAGAAGCAGACAAGGCCAUGUGGAUAGAUUCACAUGAGACGUGGGGUAAGACACUCACGACGGAACGAGAGACAAGAGAAGGAAUUGGGCAGACUGGUGACAUAUGAUUGGCGGUGAAGAAUGAAUUCGACCUGCGAGACCAUGACAAGAGUGGAUAAUGGAUAGGCACUCCCCUUGAUAACGAAACGCGCAUGGCAUAUAUUACUCCUCUAAUCCUUGCCUUGAAUGUGAUUGCAUCCUCUAUAGACUUGUGUUGUUAUUAUGCGUGCUGGUUCUCCUAAUAUGUUGUUGGACCCGCUUAAGGAAGUCUAUAUCGGUAACGCGGAUCGGUGAGGAGGCCUACAUAAGGCUGAAGGUCGACGCUACGUUUCCAGGCAAUGAUUCGCCGCACAUAAUGGAAGUAUACAAGGCGCCUUGACCCAUGUCCCUGUGGGGUUCUAGAGAGACUGAGGAAUCGAUGCGAGGAAUUUGUGGG